GCAGAGGCUUGAGGUGGGAACCGGGACUGAUGGCCGGUAGGGGGACAUUCCGGGGAAGCCCAUGGAAAGCGAGGUGCCUGUCCCUCCCAUGUAGGUGCGCGCUCCAAGCCGCAGACCCUGCUGCCCUUCCCCUCCCUCAGGCCCAUGGCGGUGGCUAUGCCCCCGGCUCGUGCGGGGAGCUCGGGCUGGGCCUGGCGGCCGGUGGCGCGGGAUGCGCUUUUGGCUCGGGCCUUCCAUUCAUGCACUGAACUGCGGGGACGGUUCUAUCUGGUGGGAGGUCUCCUAGUAGGAGGAGCGAGAGAGCCCAGCAGUGAUACAGUGGUCUUCGACCCGGCUGGGGGCCAGGCCGUGCCACUGGGAGCCGGGGGCAGCCCCCAGCGCAGUCACCACGACGCGGCACCGGUGGGCGGGCGUUGGCUCUGCGUGGUGGGCGGCUGGGACGGGUCGCGCCGCCUGGCCACAGUGACUGCGCUGGACACAGAGCGCGGCGUAUGGGAGGCGUGGACAGCGACCCCUGGCGAUUGCCCUCCUGCCGGCCUCAGCAGUCACACCUGCACCCGCCUCUCCGAUGGAGAGCUGCGGGUGGCUGGCCGAGAGGGAGGCAUCCGCACUCAGCGACGGUAUGGAAGCAUCUACACGCUAAGGCUGGACCCCCGCGCUCGCACCUAUUGCUACAAGGAAGAAGGUUGCCACACAGCCUCACGCUCAGGUCACUGUGCUGCCCUGCUCCAAACUCCUGGGCCCCACCCAGGUCAUCAGCUGUUGCUCUUUGGGGGUUGCAACUCAGGUGAACCAGAAAUAGCUGGGCGUUGGAGUCAUGGGAAGAUUAAGUCCCUUCUUUCUCCCCAAGGAGGAACCACCUGUUACCCCUCUUUUGAUGGAACAGCUUGCAAGGCUUGUGAGCAGUGGACAGGGGUCCCUGAAGGGACCCCAUGGACUACGGCAUCACUCGUGUUCUGUGGUGGGGCCCUUUGCUGUGCUGUUUGGUGGAGAAACUCUAAGCAGAGCUAGAGACGCCAUCUGCAAUGACCUCUACAUCUAUGAUACCCGCAAGUCUCCUCCUCUGUGGUUCCACUUUCCUUGUGCAGACCGUGGGCUGAAGCGUGUGGGCCAUCGUACCUGCCUUUGGAAUGAUCAGCUUUACCUGUUUGGGGGUUUUGGUGAGGAUGGCAGGACAGCUAGUCCACAGGUGUGCAUCCUGGAUCUCUUUAUCUAAAGAAUUGUGCCAAGACACACCCACCAAGCCUCUGUUUUCUUGCGAACCCAUAAAGCAUUAUCACCAGAGCUAUCUACUUUCUUCAAAUGCUUAUUAAAUUUCAAUCUUAGAGUCAA